UAUACAGAUACAAAAUAGAAGCCAAGUCACAGGUCCCAUUAGUGUCUAACCAAAAUUUUCAAGCUCUGGAGGAAACAAUGAAACUCAUUAAUGGAGUUCCUCUUCUUCAUUUGAUCUUGCUUGCAUUGUGUCUUCUGGCUGUUCAGGCAAGAUCAGCAUCCGUUAAAAGGUCCACCUAUAUAGUCCACAUGGACAAGUCUCACAUGCCCAAAAUCUUUGCUAGCCACCACCACUGGUACUCCUCCACUGUCGAUUCCAUAAACUCAGCCGCUCACACAACAUCAAACGGUCAUCAAUCCAAACCAGAGAUUGUAUACAGUUAUGACAACGCAUUACACGGUUUUAGUGCACUGUUGUCUCAAGAUGAACUAGAGACUGUAAAGAAUUCCCCAGGUUUUGUCUCAGCUUAUUGUGAAAGAGAAAUCACACUUGACACCACCCACAGCACUGAAUUCCUCUCCCUCAAUCCUGUCACCGGCUUAUGGCCAGCUUCAGACUACGGCAAAGACGUUAUCAUUGGUGUCAUCGACAGCGGUGUGUGGCCGGAGAGCAAGAGCUUCAACGACAAAGGAAUGACCCCAGUCCCCUCUAGGUGGAAGGGUAAGUGCGAAGAAGGAGAAGAGUUCAAUUCCUCAUUGUGCAACUUGAAGCUCAUUGGAGCUAGAUCCUUCAACAAGGGGGUUUUAGCUGCAGAUCCCAACAUCACAAUCCGCAUGAAUUCUGCAAGGGACACCAGUGGACACGGCACGCACACAGCCUCCACAGCUGCUGGAAACAUUGUGGAAGGCGUUUCGUACUUUGGCUAUGCACAGGGGACAGCAAAAGGGGUUGCUCCCGGUGCUCGGCUGGCCAUCUAUAAGGUCAGUUGGGAUGAAGGAAGUUAUGAGUCUGAUUACCUUGCCGCAAUGGACCAGGCCAUAGCUGAUGGUGUUGACGUGAUAUCGGUUUCAAUGAAUGUCGGCCGUGGGGUACCUCUGUAUGAGGAUCCUUUCGCCAUAGCUUCCUUUGCUGCCAUGGAGAAGGGUGUGCUUGUUUCAGCUUCAGCAGGCAAUAGAGGGGAUUCACUUGGACAAGUGCGCAAUGUGAGCCCAUGGAUCUUGACCGUCGCGGCAGGUUCAAUCGAUAGGUGGUUUGCCGGCACUUUAACUCUCGGAAAUGGGGUAACAAUCACCGGAUGGACCCUGUUCCCUGCAAGUGCCUUGGUGUUAGACCGCCCUCUCAUUUACAACAAGACUCUGUCUCCAUGCAAUUCAACUGAAUUGCUGUCUGAAGUACCUAGUGAUGUCAUCCUCAUUUGUGAUGAUAUCACUGAUGCAUCUUCUGAUCAAGCUCGGCAUGUCUCACAGUCAAAUGUGGCUGCAGCUAUAUUUAUCAAAGAUGAUCCUGCAUUCGUCGUCUCUGAUAAUGUUGAAUUUUUUCAAUCCAAUGCAUUCCCCUGUCCCGGGGUUGUGAUCAGCUCUAAAGAAGCCAUUGCCGUGAUCAAAUACGCUGAAAGUGCAAAUACAGCAACAGCGAGCAUCAAGUUCCAACAGACCAAAUAUGGUACAAAGCGUGCCCCUGUCGUUGCCUCAUUCUCUGCAAGAGGUCCUGCCUUGAGCUGUCCCACCAUUUUGAAGCCGGACCUAAUGGCACCGGGGAUAUUAAUUUUAGCAGCAUGGAUUCCAACUGCUAGGGCAAGUGCUAUUGGCUCAAAUAUUGCAUUGUACAGUGAUUACAAUAUGAUCUCCGGGACAUCCAUGUCGUGUCCUCACGCUUCUGGCAUCGCCGCGCUCCUUAAAGGGGCGCACCCGGAAUGGAGUCCAGCUGCUAUUAAGUCUGCCAUGAUGACUACAGCCAACCCAUUUGAUAACACUGGCAAUCCCAUCCGACACAAUAGCUUUAAUUCUGAUGCUUCACCCCUAGCCAUGGGGGCAGGUCAUGUUGAUCCUAAUCGAGCACUUGAUCCAGGUUUUAUAUACGAUACUACCCCACAGGACUAUGUGAAUUUCAUAUGCUCACUGAACUUCACUGAGAAUCAAUUCUUGACCAUCACAAGAUCAAAGGGUUACAAUUGCUCAAAUCUGUCUUCUGACCUCAAUUACCCUUCCUUUAUUGUUUUGUACACUGAUGAAAAGGAUAAUUUGGUUCAGAAAUUUCAGAGGACUGUCACGAAUGUGGGCAAAGCCACGGCCACUUAUAGAGCUAAGGUUGAAGCCCCAAAGGGUUCUGUGAUCACAAUCUCGCCCAAGACGCUGGUUUUUAAGAAGGUGAAUGAGAAGAAGAGCUACUCUUUGACUAUACAUUAUAGGGGAUUGGAAAGUGCAAGGCACACAUAUGGUUCUGUAAUUUGGGUAGAAGAUGGUGGUAAGCAUACUGUGAGGAGUCCUAUAGUGGUCUCACCCUCACCUAGUAUUUUUUGGUAGGUUCGUGUUUAAAUUGUGCACCGGAUGAUAGGGAAUUGCCAUUGCCACUGUGUUUGUGCCCGGAAGAUUAAGUUCUUCUGAAUGGUGAAAAUAAAGCAAUGUGACAGCUUGAACUUUUCCUCUUUCUUUUUCAACAAUUUCCUUUGGACUUUUCUUCUUUCUUUUACUUUCCUUCGCUUCAUAGCCCAAGCUCUAUCAAUCUAAUCUCAUUAAAUAGCCUUCUUUACGAAA